AUCAUCAACAGACACUCAUAACUCAUAAGCCAUAACAAAUACGGGAAAAAAAAAACGAUCUCUCUCUCUCUCUCUCUCUAACUAUUUCCAUGGCCUUCGCUAACAGUCUCCUCUCUUCUUCUUCUUCACCCUCUCAAAUUCCCCAUGGAUCUAAAGAUUUCAAUUCGACUCCUCUAAUCAUUUCUCCUCAUGAGCGGUCCGCUUUCACUUUCUCUCCGAUUCGUAACAAAUUUUCCGAGCUUGGAAUUGGAGUAAUCGGUUCCUCGAGGAAAAAGAACAUUUUAUAUGCUUCGGUCAAUGAUUUGAAUGCAUCGGCAAGUUCAACCUCACUGAAAUCUGAGCAGGAUGCUGAUUCAGUUCCCAUGCCAGUAGUUCUGAUAGAUCAAGAUUCAGAUUCUGAUGCAACAAUUGUGCAACUCAGCUUUGGAGAUCGUCUUGGAGCUCUUAUUGAUACGGACCAUCAGGGGUACCUCCAAAUGCCUGCAUAUGACUGCUAUUUUCAAGAAAUGAAUGCCCUGAAACAUUUGGGAUUGGAUGUGGCAAAGGGAACUGUUCUCACUGAUGGACCAGUCAAACAAACUAAGUUUUUCAUUACACGAUUGGACACUGGUCGCAAGGUUGAAGAUCCUGAUAUGCUAGAGAGAAUUCGACUUACCAUCAUCAACAAUCUUUUGAAGUACCAUCCAGAAUCUAGUGAGCGACUUGCUAUGGGUGAGGCUUUUGGAAUAAAAGCUCCAGAGAAAAAGCUUGAUGUUGAUAUUACAACUCAUGUGCAUGUCAAAGAAGACGGACCUAAGAGGAGCUUGCUCUGCAUCGAGACAGCAGAUCGACCUGGAUUACUUGUAGAAAUAAUCAAAAUCAUUGCUGAUGUCAAUAUUGAUGUCGAAUCUGCAGAGAUUGAUACAGAGGGACUAGUUGCCAAAGACAAAUUUCAUGUCAGCUACAGAGGGGCAGCAUUGACCAGCUCCCUGUCUCAGGUCCUAGUGAACUGUUUGCGUUACUACCUUCGGAGGCCUGAAACAGAUAUUGAUAGUUAUUAGUACCAGAGGUUAACCGCCAUUCUCGAUUGUAGACCCAAUUUAACGUUUCUCGUACCACAUCGCCUUUGAGCUCAUGUUUCUUGUACCUGUGAAUUGUAUGUUUCAAGAUAUUAUGUGAUCAUGUUCCAUAACUGCAAGCUGGGAUGUUCUGAAAAGAUGCUUGUAACCCUGCUAUUGUCGACCCGGAAAAUGGGAUCAAGCCAAUUACGAAAGAAAAAACAUGGAAUGUUGAAACCAAUAA